AAAAACUGUCUGGUGAAGGUUUUCACACAUUCUCCUCUGAGGCGGAUCACUAACAGGACCCGCUGCAGGUUGAUCAGGCUAAAACAUCCAUGUUUGCUCUCAGAAAUAAUUCAGAACCAGUCUGAAAGCUGAGCAGACAUGGAGGCUGGACUGCUGCUGCUGCUGCUGCUGAUGCUGAUGAUGAUGGGGGUCUUUCAGGCUGUAGAAACUUUCUGUGACGGCAGACAGGAUGGAGCUCAGUGUGUCGGAGCUUUAGGAGGAGCUGUGGACAUCCAGCUGGUGGACAACGCUGCAGAGAUGCCCAGAUUAGAAUGGAAAAAGAAUGGCUCGAUGAUAGUCCAGUGGAGAAGUAAAAAUAAUACAACUAUCAUAAGGGACAACAGAGUCACUUUUAUUCCCAGUACUGGAACAGUUAGGAUCAAUAACCUGAUCAGGGAUGACAGUGGACAAUAUAAACUUCAGAACUUUAAUUCAGAUGGACGUUCAACAGCAAACAGGACUCUACUGUUGUCUGUUGAAGCUGGUGUGUCGUCUGUCCAGCUGGUCUCUGAGUGUUGGUCCCAGGGACAGAUGCAGGUGUCCUGCUCCUCUGAGGAAGGGGACAGUCCUCAGUACAGCUGGACUCUGGAUGGACACACACUGACAGACUCUGAGCUCUUCUCUGGAAAUAGUCAGACUAACAUCAUCGUUCUGAGACAAAAUAUCUCGGGACGUCUGGUCUGUUCAGUCAGGAACCGAGUCAGUGAGUCCUCCAGAGAAAAGGACAUAUCUACCUGUGGCUUCAUUUUCAUUAACUGCACUUCCAAUGGGACUCACAUAUCUGAGUGGGUGUUUAGAGAAAAUAACACUCUGUGUGUAGAACCAACACCAGCCCCUACAGCAGUAACACACACUGGGGCAGAGCAGUGGCCCGUCAUGGUCGGGGUUCUCUCAGCUCUCGCGUUCUUCUUGGUGGUCGGUGUAGCUGUGAUCUGUUGCCAGAAGAAAAGACAAAAACCUAAAGAGGAGGGAGAAGAGCAGGAGAUGACCUACGCUGACGUCAGGAUCGUGCAGCAGCAGAGGAGGCAGGUGGAGCAGUGUGUACAGGAGGAGGGGGUGGAGUACGGACAAGUCAGGUUUACAAACAGACCUGGUCGUUCUGAGCCAGCAGAUAAUAAUUUGUACGCACAAGUCCGUAAAGGCAGGUGAUCUGAUGUGUUCAGGUUCAAACAUUUCAGUAUGGAAAGGUUUUAAAUUGUACACUUUUAUUCUGGCAUAUUUUUUGUUUUUAUAGUUCUUUAUUGUAAUUAUGACCUAUUUCAUCUUGUAUGAUGUUUCAGCUUUUAUUUUAUAAUUUACACAUUUUAAUUUUUGUCAAACAGCUAAAGACACAUAAUCCUGAUUUUAAAGAGAGAAACAGCAGAUUGUACAUGAACCUGCUAUGCUUACUGGUAACGUAAUGCAGUGUGUUGCAGUUGAACAAACAAACUGUAUAAAUAAGUUGAAUUUACUGGAAAUAAAAUGUAUUUAUUCAACAGAUGGA